CAUCAUCAUCAUAACCAACAACUUUUGGAAAUGUCUUAGCUGCCUGUCCCCACCCCUUUCCACUAUGAGUGUCACUUACAGUUUUUGCUGCUCAAUUAUUCCUUUCCUUUAUCCUUCCUCCUUCAAUCUCAAUGGCGGCGCUCAAGGUAUCGAGCGUCAAAACCUUGGCAGAUCAACCCAACCUCAACCACAUACCCCCAGCUUAUGUCUUUCGGACCUCCUCAACCAAUGAUCAGGGCCCAGAAGACGGAGAAGCGAGUGAAGAACCAAUCCCCGUUGUUGAUUUCUCCCUCCUGACCUCCGGUACUCCCGAUCAACGGUCCAGAGUAGUCCAGGACCUCGGAUAUGCUUGCCAGGAGUGGGGGUUCUUCAUGGUGAUCAAUCACGGGGUUGAUGAGGGCCUGACGAAGAGGAUUCUACAGGGUUGUGGAGAAUUCUUUGAUCUUACAGAGGAGGAGAAGAGCGAAUAUGAAGGUAGGCACGUGUUGGACCCUAUCAGGUGCGGGACCAGCUUCAAUGCUUCCGUGGAGGAAAUCUUCUUCUGGAGAGAUUAUCUAAAGGUCAUGGUUCACCCAGAGUUCCACUCUCCGAACAAGCCUGCUAGGUUCAGCGAAGUGCUGGAAGAGUACACUAAAGCAGUCCGUGGAGUAGUGAGGCGUCUACUAGGAGGAAUCUCUGAGAGCUUGGGACUGGAAUCUUGUCAUUUAGACAGGAUUUUGGAUCUUGAAUCGAGCCUACAGAUUCUCACAGCGAACCUAUACCCACCUUGCCCACAGCCUGAGCUUGCAAUGGGGAUGCCCCCUCAUUCGGAUCAUGGCCUAUUAACUAUGCUCAUUCAAAAUGGGAUUGGUGGGCUUCAAAUUCAUCACAAAGGCAGGUGGGUAAAAGUGAAUGCAGUACCCGGCGCGUUCUUGGUUAACACAGGCGAUCACAUGGAGAUUCUGAGCAAUGGGAAGUACGGGAGCGUCCUCCACCGAGCAGUUGUGAAUGACAAAACUACGAGGAUGUCUAUCUCUGUAUCAAAUGGACCGUCACCAGAAACAAUUGUUAGCCCUGUCCAGGAGCUACUAGAAAAUGGAAGCUGUCCUGCAGCCUAUAUUGGGAUGAAGUACAAGGAUUAUCUCGAGCUUCAACAGAGCAACAAGCUCGAUGGGAAUUCAUGCCUCAAUCGUGUAAGGAUUUGAACUCAUGCCUAAAGGAGAUUGCUAUAUUUACAAGUCAGGGAGGAGUCUGUCCUAAGAAUAUAAUAAAAUUCUGAUCCUACGCAGAGGAAAUGUUGAGUGGACAACUAAUAACAUUGUGUAUGAUAUGUAUAUGAAUAAUGCGGCAACAGAGGAGAUUAGUACUGUGAUAUCUAGAUUUUCAAUUUGCUUAUUGCUGGAUCAAAUAAUUCCUCUAACCCCUAUUGGAUAUUGAUUGAGGACUUUUUUAGCUUUC